AUGGAAAGAAGCUCUAACAAUUCAUCGAGCCAAUUCAACACCCUCAAUGCUACCUCCUUCACGGGUGUACUUUUGUGGGGUUUCAUUCACGCAAGGAGUAAAACCCACAUCAUAUUGAUUUUCCUGACUCCUCUUUUUCUGCUUGGGCUUCUGUCCAACCUGAUCCUCACCCUCAGCAUCUGCUCACAAAAAGCUCUGCGGACCCCAAAAAACAUUCUCAUCUGCCAACUGUCAGUGGUGGAUCUUGGUGGACUUGUGGCUACUAACUCUUACCUGUUUGCGAUGUUUGCCCGAGACACCUUCCGCCCCAUUACUUUGCCGACCUGCUUAAUCCAGUAUUAUGCCUUGAAUGCUCACAGCAACCUCCUCAUUUGUACAGUCACCGCCAUGGCAAUUGACAGGUACUGUUUCAUCUGCCAGCCAUUUCAUUACGAAAGAAAAAUCACAAAUAGGCUAAUGAUCAAAAUCCUGAGCAUUUCCUGGGUUUUUGCAGCUGUUUAUCCCAUGAUUUAUGUGCUUACAUUUGUUGGGCAAAAGUCUUGCCAGCUUGCCCAUUCCUGCAGCUUCUUUUGCACUCCUUCUUCCCUGGAGGACAUUUUGUGUUCCAAGGAUUUGUCUGUGUACCCCAAAGUCUACCGGCUUGCCAUAAUGGCUCUUCAUCUUAUAGGGUCCUUUUCUCUAGUUGGUUUUUCCUACAACAAGAUUCUGAAAGUAUCAAAGACCAUGAACCACUGUAACUGCUCCAGAGAAUCGCUCACCACAGCUGCCACUCACGGUCUAGUGCUAGCCAUUUUCUACGUGACAUUGGUGUUUUUUAUAGUGACAGGAAGUCUAGAAGUCAAAGAUCCCUUUAAAGAGAACCUCUUGUCCAUCCUAAGGGCUAUUUCUGACCUUGUUUAUUUCAAUGUGCCUUCCAUUUUCAACCCCAUAAUCUACGGUUUGAGAAACAAAGAUAUAAGGGCAGGAGUGAUUAAGUUGCUGAGGCUACAACACAUACUGGGUGUCUAA